AUGUUUCGUUUAUUGGCAAGACGCAGUUAUAGUAUACAAUGGCGAUUCAAGGAUGUUUGUCCAUCACCCAAAUAUGAUACAGGCUGCACAUAUUGUCAACCAGAAUUACCAUCGAACCUAGCCAUUGAUUUUGAUAAGAAUUUGAACAAAACAGGUGCAAUACCGACCAAACAUGUAAUGGUAUUGACCAAUCCGAUUAACCAGAUUUCAGAAUUACCUUCCAAAACUGAGCUUAUUCCCAACAGUAUACCGAGUGACAUAAUAAAGUAUCGAACAAUGUUUCAAACUGAUGAGCAACGAGUUACCAUUUCAGUGAUCCAUCUUAAUGAUAAUCGUCACCAACAGAUAUUAGAUCAAUAUAAUAUAAAACAAGGCUCUUCACAACAGUUGGUGUUUUUGUAUCCAUAUAUGAAAAUUAUUACAUUUGAUCUAAGUGUAUUGGAUCAAUUUGUGAAAAAAUAUUUGUAUUCCAAACCUGCAGCCCCAGUUUAUAACCCAUUUGUUCAAGCCCAAUCCUCGGCGUCAAGUGAUGGUUUAUUCGAUUCUAUAGUUGUGGAUGAAUCAAAUUUCACUGAGUUUGAGUUGGAUAAAGACUUAUUGGUGAUAUGUGGACAUGGCAAACGAGAUUUACGAUGUGGAAUCAUGGCUCCACAGUUGGAAUCAGAAUUCAAUCAGGUACUUGCUCGUCAUAAUUUACAAGGAACGAUAUAUACGGGGCAAAUUUCUCAUGUUGGUGGCCACGCUUAUGCUGGGAACGUAUUGUACUAUCCCAAAGAUUGUCAGACAUCAAAAGAUUUCAUAUGGUACGGACGGGUUUUCCCAAAAGAUGUCCAAGGCAUUGUUGAGCUGACAAUAGUAAAUAAAGAAAUCAUUAAAGACUUAUUUCGUGGAGAUAUAGAAGCAUAUUAG